AUGACCAGAAACAGUGAAAGAAUCAUUGAACUAGUGGACAAAUGUUUUUCAGAGGGUGACAGGAUGGUCCCAGAAGACAUGCCGUUUUCCUACAGAGGUAUUUUAUACCCCGUUACAAUUAGCAGCCCGCAGACUUUGGAAGCUCUGAAAUCCUUUGAAGCCAGGAGUGAUGAUGUGAUUCUAGCAGGUUAUCCUAAAUAAGGAACCAAUUGGCUUGAACAAAUGGUGAAGGAGUUGGCAGAUGCCAAAUAUACAGAAGAGGAAAGGAAAGAGAGAAUAAAUGCUGAAAAGAAGCUAGAGACAUUUCAGCGUCUAGAAUUUGGGGAUCCUGGGAUUUUAAAGAGGAUGAAGCAGCUUCCUUCCAGAAGAGGAAGUAACCCAUCUGAUCUCCUGCCUCCAUCCAUUCUCCAAAGCAAGGCUAAGAUCCUUGUGCUAGUUCAGAACCCCAAGGACACAGCUGUCUUCUAUUACCACUUCUGCAACAACCUACCAGUGAUGCCAUCCUUUGCCCCCUGGGAUGAGUACUUUGCAGACUUCAUGAAUGGAAAAUUGGCCUGGGGAUCCUACUUUGACCACCUAGUGGAAUGGAACAAAUACAUUGACAAUGAGAGGAUCAUGACAAUAAGCUACGAGGAACUCAAAGAGGACCCAAUACUGGGGAUGAAAAAGAUUGCUUCCUUCUUUGGAUUUUCCCUGUGUGAGGAAGAUUUUUCCAGAAUUGCCAGGAAGAUCAGUUUCAAAUCUAUGAAAGAUAAAUCCAGUGAAACCCAUGGAAAGUCUGGGGACAUCCUCUUCCACAAAGGGGUUGUUGGAAACUGGAGAGACAUCUUCUCUAAAGCUCAGCAUGAAGAAAUGGACUGGAAAUUUCAAGAUUCCUUAGGAGGAACAAAGAUAGCAGCAAAGAUAAAAUAUGAUGUGUACUGCAAGGCCUGA